CAUUAAAUCAGUAGUCUACCUUCCUUCCUUCUGAGUCCUGGAAACUGAAAUCUCAGAAUCUGGAAAUACAUAUUUUUCUAUUUUACUUAGUCAGAACCCAUAUAUUAGAGCUGUUUUGGUCGGAAUUUGUAAAAGGAAACAUUAUGCACAGCCUUCAAGGCAAGUUUCAAUCAAAACGAGAAUCCAAGCAAGAAUCCGUCACUACAUUGUCAUCAACGAAUAAAGCUUUCUCGUCAAGUACUUAUUCACCGACUAUUUUAAGAGGAUUUCAUCAAUUACGUGAUCUGCAUGCCUUGUGCGAUGUUACUCUGUGUGCCGAUGGUUCCUCAUUCAAUGUUCAUAAAGCUCUCUUAGCUUCAGCAUCGGAUUAUUUUCGAGCUAUGUUUACGUCGGAAAUGAGAGAACGAGUGGCAGGAAGUGUUGAACUACAUGGCGUAACUGCAACUGGAUUGGAAAAAGUAUUAGAAUUUAUCUACAGUGGAAACAUAGUUCUAUCUCUGGACAAUAUUCAAGAUAUUCUUGCCGCUGCUUCACAUUUACAAGUGAUGCCCGUCUUGGAUUUUUGCAAGGAAUUCUUGAUGGGAGAAGUAACUUUAGACAAUUGUCUUGAUAUCGGCCACAUUGCUAAUGCUUAUAAUCUGGAAGCUGUCGAUAGUUAUGUGAACAGUUUCAUGCUUCAGCAUUUCAAUCAAGUUUUCGAUUUCAAUAAAUUGCCAAUUGAAAGAUUUACAUUUUUGUUAUCAAGCAACAGCCUGAAGGAUUGUAGUGAACUCAAUUUAUUUAACGCUGCGAAACGAUGGUUGAAAUAUGAUCUUGAAAAUCGAGCACAAUACGCAGCACGAAUCAUGGAACACAUUCGAUUUCCUCUUAUUGCACCAAAUGACCUUAUCACACAUGUCCAGUCUGUGGAUUUCAUGCGGAAUAACAAAGACUGUAUGGCAUUAUUACUUGAGGCUUCAACAUAUCGAAUGGUGCCAUAUAUGCAACCAAUAUUACAAAGUAAUAGAACAAGUAUAAGAAGUGAUGCAACACAUCUUGUUACUCUAGGUGGAGUAUUGCGUCAUCAAUUGGAUGUCUCUAUGGAUUUGAGAAUAUUCGACGAAAGGUCGAAAAGAUGGAUCAACCUAGCGCCGAUGGAAAACUCAAGAUACCAGCACGGUAUUGCAGUCAUUGGAAAUUUCCUUUUUGUUGUCGGUGGACAAAGUAAUUAUGACACAAAAGGAAAGACAGCCGUUGACACAGUAUUCAGAUAUGAUCCACGAUAUAAUCAAUGGAUAAAAGUUCGAUCUUUGAAUGAAAAGAGAACAUUUUUUCAUCUGAGUGCAAUCGAUGGGAAGUUGUAUGCAGUAGGUGGACGUAAUGCAGCAGGUGAAUUAUCCAAUGUUGAAUGCUAUAAUCCACAAUUUAAUGAAUGGACAUUUGUUGAAAAAAUGAGGGAACCACAUUAUGGACAUGCAGGUACAGUCUACAAUGGUAAAAUGUAUAUAUCUGGUGGAAUUACACAUGACUCUUUCCAGAAGGAAUUAUUAUGCUAUGAUCCUAUCACCGAUAAAUGGGAACAAAGACGCCAGAUGUCGACAGUCCGAGGUUUACAUUGCAUGACAACUGUUCGUGAUAGGUUGUAUGUGAUUGGUGGGAACCAUUUUAAAGGCACUACAGACUAUGAUGAUGUAUUAGAAUGUGAAUACUAUUCACCAGACCUUGAUCAAUGGACAGCUGUAGCUCCUAUGUUAACGGGGCAGAGCGAUGUGGGUGUAGCUGUAUUCAAAGAAAAAAUAUUUGUUACUGGAGGAUAUUCAUGGAACAAUCGAUGCAUGGUUGACAUCGUACAAUGCUAUGAUCCAGAGUCAGAUAAAUGGAGUAAAACAUUUUCUCUACCUGCCGCGCUUGGUGGGAUUCGAGCGUGCACUUUAACUGUGUUGCCACAUUUUACGCAACCUCAAUGUAUAGUGGAAAACAGCACCGGAAGUCCAGUAACAAUGGAUAGUUCAAUGAGUGACCUACCAGGACCAAGCAACAGAGAUGAUAACGUUGGCCAACCAGUCGACAGACCUAACCCAAGACAUUCAAGGCAAAGUUUAAAUUUUGAUGUAGAUAUGGCAGCUGUUUAACAUAUUAUUUUUGACGAUCUUUUUUAUGAUAAACCGCUGGAAUGUGACAAUCUUCUAUUAUGUAUAUUACGCUCAGGCUGCCGUAUCAAAUAUGAAGCUUUAAUGAGCCUAAAGCUUUUAUGAAUUUGCUUUCAUGCAUUGACUUUACUCAGUUUUUAUUAUGUCAAAACCUGGGCGCUUCAGAAGUGUGUGUACCAAUAUGGAGGUAGCUAAUUUUGUUCGCCCAUUUUACACCAAGUUGUGUAAAGGGGCCGGAACCUAUGGGCAGGGGGAUAUUCACUUGGCUAACACAGAUAGUCUCCAAACUCGUAGUAAAACUAAAAUAAGGAAAAUCGGAAUAAAAUUAUGGCCUAACCCUAACCUGAUACACACACUACGGCAGUACCAAAACUGGAAUGGGAAGGUUUAUUCCGAUCUUUUGAAUGAAUAGAUCAUCAAUUCUAACUGAGUUAGUCUAACUCUGAAAUUAAAGGAUCUUCUUUACCUCUUAGUGCCCGUUUCAUCUGCUUCACAUCAAGUGGUUUGUUUUAGGAAGCAUGUUCAUGUCUUUCAGUCUUAAAAUAUUUUCCACUAAUAUAUGGCUGCGUAUUAUAUCCCUCAAGUAAGCCUUGCAAUAUUGAUAUUAUUUUUAUCUAAGAAAUGAUGACCAAAGAGAAAUGUGUGCGAACGGCAAUGGAAUAUUGUAUGCUCUUUGUAAAGUCUCAUGAAAGUCAUUCAUUAAAACUAAAAUAUUUUAAGAAGAAUUUGCCAAUUAGUCAGAAAAUCAAAGGAAAAUAAAGUUGGCAAAUUUGUGCGUGCCUUUACAAUAUAAAUCUAACUAAUUUAGUACAUGAGUUUGUUGAUCGGUGUUUUAGAUACCCAAAGAAAUUUUUUUGAUGCCAAUGGAAUUAAUUUCCAUUUAAAAGCAUUCUUAUUAACCAAAACUGCUGUUUUUCAAUUUUUGAAACUUGUUUUUCACAUCAUGAUUAAAUUCCAAUAUUGGUAAAUAGAAUUCUAGAGUGCCAGGCUAUGUGGUAUAGACAUACACAGUCCAUAUUUAUUCUCUCUUUUCUUCUGUUUACUUUUGCUUUCUUCUUAUUUUCUGAAUUUGAAAGUGUAUUUACGCCUUGUUUACUCUUAAUUAUUGAACUCUAGGACUAUUCAGUUGUGGUAUUUUUGUCACUGCUUGAGGAAUAGCAUUUUACAAAGAAUGUGUACUAUUCUGACACAUGUUGAAACGAUCGAUCGCUUUUUCAUUGAAUUUAUAUAGCACAAUAUACACAUUCUUGUAAGGUAAAGUUUAUUUCAAAUACUUUUACAGCGUAUUUUAGUGAUAUUUAUCCUGACCACCGUCCAUUAUUAUCUACUUCCAUCUGUUAUGAUGUUUCUGACUGGUCUCAAUCAGCAUAAAUUAAUGAUUGAACAUAUCAAUAUCAAGCAUAUUCACACAAUAUAAGCUUUGGGCUAUAACCAAUCUUCCCUGAAGUGAUUCUUAUUUUAAUGAAGGUUGGAUAUUCAUUUAGUAACAUGGUAUUGUUUUCAUACUUGAAGUAUAUAUUUAUCUCACGGUUCUUACAAAUGGAUAGAUGGGAUUCGGUUUCGCAUUCACAAUUUUUGAAUACCCGGGCGGCUCUUUAUAAGAAUCUUAUUUUCAGUAUUAUGUGAAUCUUCACACUUGUAUGUAAUGUAAUCUCUUUACUAUCUAUCUGUAUUUGACCAAACUCUGUUUUUCUUUAUUUGAAAUAUACCAUUCAGAUUGUA